AUUCGUAUGUCAGAGAUUGAGAACCUCGACAAGGCGCGCGACCUUGCGGUCUCCAACUUGGACGUCUACCCCCAGGUCCUCCGCUCGAUCUACCCCAUUGCGGCUAACAACAAUGUCGCCAUCCAGCGCUGGUGCGCACUGUUCUUCGCAGACUCGUUCGGCAAAACAUCGCCAUUGGCGCGCAACAUCAAGCUCGAUGUGGGGCUUGAUGCACUUGACGCACUCGCGGCGCUCGCGACCGUGGCUGAUGCUGCCAUUUUUGUCAACGUCACCCACACCGUGACCGCGCUCUACGACAUCCUCUUUGUGUACGUUGCGGAAAACCCCAACGCUUCCUCGACCUGGAUCAAGCUUACUGCCAUCCGCGAUGCACUCUUGGCACGCUGGAACACGCCAUUUCCGUUUGCGCCGCAGAACGACGAACUCGACCGCUACAGGGGCGCCAACGCCAAAUUCCCGCUUAUUAAGUUGAUGGUCAAGGUUGUGUUAUUGCACACGGCCAGCCUGGACAAGCCGCCACCACCGCGUGACCCACGCUUGCGCAACCGUACGCCGCCGAAGCCAAGCUCGCACUUUGGCUUCAGCGAGGUUGCACCAAACCAUCCGCUCAUCACGCGCGCAUCCGAGGCCGACGGGCUCAGGAUCCUCGACCUGAUGCUCGCACCGUUCAAGCAAGAAACUAUCAACUCCGGUGUACUCACCGCGAUCAUCAACGCGUUGCCGUACUUGCUCCGUCAUCGUGCACACUUGGGCACCCAGGUGUUCCUGGUGCUUGAGAAGUUCCAGUCCUACGCCAAGCUUCAGUCUAACUAUGAGUCGGUGAACACAUUCAAGUUACUGAGACGUUUUGUGGACCGCACGUUGAAAGUCUUCCUCAAUCAUUGCUUCCGUAACCAGUUGAUCCCCGCAGAAUUGGAGCCGAAGCUCACCACCAUGGCCAACGUGCUCCAGACCAGAGCGGAUGAGCAGCGCCGCCACAACCCGUUGGAGGCCGCCUCGACCGAUGACCAGAUCCGCAAGCGUCCUCUUUCCGGCUUUUUUAACUCCGCCAAGGUGGCUGCCAGCAACUCCUACCGUGACAUGUGGUUGCUCGGCGAUCCGAAGGACGAGAACCACUUGUUUGACGUCAGUAGCAUCCCCCCCGACACUCUCAUCAAAAUGGUGUUGAUCGGCUUAAACAAAGCCGAGCCUAAGAAGUUGACCCAGGCGCUCGAGAUUGUUGCAGCGCGCUAUGCCAAUGCCGUCAGUGUUCAGAUGAAGACGGAGAUGACGCCAGCUGCGGAGUCUGAUGAUGAGUACGACCCAGAGGCUACAUACACUCUUCCGGCGCCGAAAGUGCUCACAUUUGAGCAGAAGAAGCAGCAGCUCCAGGUGAUCAUCGCCAAGUACUUUGAAACCGCAGGCAAUGCCACCGCCAGCCAGAAGCUCCAUGCCACGUCCGAAUCGCUGAACGGAGUCAGCAAUGAAUUGAAUAAAACCGCGAUUCAGGACUGGAGCAACGACAGCUGGUUGACCAUCUUGAGCCGCCUUAACACCAGGGGCAUCACCUCGCCGGGAAACAACGACGAGGAAAACCAGAUCCUCAGCGACAUGAUUCGCCAGGCCAUCUUUGACUACUUUACCCAGUCGAUUUCUACCCGUGUGGAUGUCGUUGUACAGUGGUUGCACGAGGAGUGGUACUCGGAGCGCGUCACCAACGAAGCCGUCUUGGCCGCCGAGUUGACCAGCGCCGGCCUCACCGACGAGCAGGUCAAGGCCCGUGUUAAGGACGCCGACAUUCCGACGCCGACGUAUGUCACGUGGUGUUCCAAGAUCUUGGACGCCGUCAUCACAUAUAUUGAGCCGUCCGACAGAAAAAUCUUUAUCCGUUUGUUGGGGGACGUGCCGUACUUGAACGAGGACUUGGUGGCCAAGUUGGCCAGCUUGUGCUUGGACCCGGUAAGAUCGAGCAUCGGAAUCCAGGCGUUGCACUUUUUGAUUUUGUACAGACCGCCGGUCAAGGCAUGGUGCUUACAAGUGCUCGAGGGGCUCCGUGAAAGCGAGGAUUUGAAGGUGAAGGUGACGGAGAUGCUAGAAAAGUUUUGGCCUGAAAAGUAUGGAGAGACGAGUGGCAUAGCCAGUGAGUCUGGCCCAAAGGUUGAAACUGAAGCCCAGACCUCCCUGAUGGUUGGAAAAACAGAUUUCAAGGCUGAAACCUCCUCAAAGGCAGAAGUAGUUUCAACUGAAACCCAAGUAGAUGCUCCUAUCCAGGUAAAGGAGGAAGAUGUGGUCAUGGAGGAACCCAGUCCAGUCUUUGAAGCGGGAACUGAAACUCCAGAGGCCGAUGAUACCACGGAGCAGAAUUAGAAGGUAAUUUCUCGACUUUUUUUUAGUUCAUUUCCAUAGAGUUUACAGGCUAUCGGUGUAGUUGAAGGAAAGAUUGGUGGUUUUCACCGAAGAAUCAUUGAGUUUUAUUUAGAUACGACUAGAGAAUGGUAAAAUCUUGAGAUGGGGG